GCCAUUUUCUCCUCUCAUCUCUUCCGAUCGUAGAAUUCUCUCUCGCCCUGCACCCCACAUUCGGCUUUGAUCAUGGCCGAUCAACGCAUCGAUGUGGACCCGAAUCUCCACUUUCCCCGCGAAUCCGAACCAUCUCUGGAUUUCGAGUCCGACACAACAUCCAUUGCUUCGGAAAUAGCCAAAGGUCGUAUAGAAAAUGGCCGCAGAUACCAGGCAUUAAAAGAUGAUGUUUACUGGAGCCCUUCAGAUGAGCAGCAAUUCGAAGCCUUCGAGCUCGGUCAUAUGGUAUGCAUUAUGCUUGACUACCAUCGAUCCAACCCUCUAUUCUCAGCUCCGAUUGGGGAAAAUCCCAAGCAUAUCCUCGACAUUGGAACUGGCAAAGGAAAUUGGGCUUUAGACGUCGCAGAUCAAUAUCCCGAUGCUACCGUUCGCGGGGUGGACCUCUUCCCUCCUCCAGUCACCUGGGUGCCCCCAAACUGCAUUUUCGAAGUUGAUGAUAUUCAGAGAGAAUGGACCUGGAGAGAACCUUUUGAUUUGAUUCAUUUGCGCCAAAUGCUUGGAUCGUUCACCGCCGAAGGAUGGAAAGGAUUAUAUCAACAAUGCUUCAACAAUUUAGCACCUGGUGGAUGGAUCGAGCAAAUCGAAUUCGACGUCCGAGUGAAGAGUGAUGACGGAUCCCUGCCACCAGAUAGCGUGCUGGCUGGUUGGGGUGAUAACUUCAUUGGCUGUGGGGAACGGGCUGGCCAGUCCUUGACAACCCAGGAGACAAUGCGAGCUUCUAUCGAGGCGGCCGGUUUUGUCGAUGUGCAUGAGCGCCUCUACAAGGUUCCCAUGGGACCUUGGCCAAAGGAUAAGUUAUUGAAGGAGGUUGGCCUCCUCAACCAGCAGCACUGGAAGUCUGGACUGGAGGGGUACGCUAUGUGGUUACUUACAAAGUUCGGCGCACCGUCUCCAUGGACGAAGGAGGAAGUUGAAAUUUAUUUGGUCAACGUGCGGAAGGAGCUGAAAGAUACCCGCAUCCAUGCCUAUGGAUACGUCCGGCGAGUCUGGGCACGGAAGCCAAGAGAUGACCAUAUGAUUCAGACACUAGCUAAAGAUAAGGAGUCAUCGUGAUGCUCCGAGUGUAUGCAACAAUGCAAGGGCAAACUUUGUCAAGAUAUUUUCGUUUUGGAUUAGCGACCGAAUGAUAUUAUCUGAAGAUUUAGUUCCAGCAUAACUUGACGGGUCCCGUUCGUUCUCUUUUACAUGAACUUUGUUAUUUUCCGUUUUGGGCCUUCUGUGUUCAAGUCUCUACUCGCUGCGCAGCCUC